UGCACCACGUUCAAGAUGGCUGCCCCCUGUCGAAAAAAAAUUGCGUAACGCGCAAAUCGUUCAGAUUUUAAUCGUUUUAGGCGGUGUUUUCAAUAUUUCUUUGGUUCGGAAACAUGCAGGGUUCGGAUGACAAGAGGAGGCGCCUGCGGCUGCAAGGAUCUCGAGCCGUACAGGCUGGGAAACCGGUGAAACCAUUCGGAGGAAGGGGGAGGGCUAGAGGGGGAGGGGCAAUUGGGGGAGGGGGGCAGCAGCAGCAACCCGGAUACAGCGGUGGGGAGCACAACGCCAGUUCGGCGGAACCCCGUCAGAUGCUCGGCAGCAAGCCGACGUGGUUGGAAAAGGACGAAAGACUCGGAGAAAAGAGCUUUGUUUUCCAGCAGCCAGCAAAGGCUAUACGGAAGCCGCCAGAACCACAAGUGUUUAAGGAGGAGGGAGUUUUCGAAAUAAGCACAAGUCCAUCUGGUGUGUCCAGGUUAAGAUAUUUCCCACACUUCAUUGACCCAAAGGAAGCUGACUGGAUGUUUGAUCAGCUGGAGGCUGAAAUCCCCUGGAGACAGAGGAAGGGGAUAGACAGGGAAGGUAUGGAAUACCUUCAGCCCAGGUUAACAGCCUGGUUUGGUGAACUUCCCUACUCCUACUCCAGACUUACACAUGAUGCCAACCCACAUUGGCACCCUGUAGUUACCAUGUUACGUGACCACAUCACCCAAACUUGCGGCCACACAUUCAACUCCGUCCUGUGUAACCUGUACCGGGAUGACAAGGACUCCAUCGCCUGGCACUCCGACAAUGAGUACGCCCUACGGAAAAACCCUAUCAUAGCCUCUCUGACCCUCGGUGCGAUCAGAACUUUCGAGUUGCGGAAGAACCCACCACCAGAGGAGAAUGGAGACUACACGUACACAGAGAGAGUGAAAAUUCCCCUGAAUCAUGGGAGUUUACUGAUCAUGGAGGGAGCAACACAAGAAGACUGGCAGCACCGUGUUCCAAAAGAAUAUCAUGACAGGGAUGCAAGGAUAAACUUGACCUUCAGAACCAUCUACCCUGAGGAGGAAUCAUGACCUUGGCCUUGUGCUACUGGAUGAAUGUGCAAGAUAGAGAAAUAAGCUGUUGCAGUAACUAUGCUAAUCUCCAAGCAGAUCCUAGGGUGGCAUAAU